CCUCCCUUCAGAAGAGAAAAAACUAAUGCAAGUUGAAGAUGUAUUUUAAGUUUUUAACUUUUGUAAAUUUUAAUACGGAAGAGUUGAGUCGGUUGAACCAUCUGUGUCUCUCAAGUCACAGCCUGGUUGGUUUUCUGGGUUUCAACUUUAUUUUCUGCAAUAAUAAUGUCAAAGAAAAAUACAGUACACGGUUGGUUGUCAACAAAGUGUCAACAAAGUGGUUUGCAAAGAAAAAUACAGUACACGGAGUCUUAGAUCUUUGUGAUGAGAUUCCCCUGGAACUGGAAGAAGAUUUAAAGAAGCUCCGUCCACAAGAGUUGCUGUAUCUCAGUUGGAGUGUGGUGAUUUAUAUCUGUCAGCUUGUUAGUGAUUAAGGAGUCAACUCUGAAAAUUUGCUGCUUGAAACUAUCACCAAUCUAAGAUCUGUUAGAGAGAGAGAGAGAGACCAUGGCCAUCGACAACUGUGUUCAAACCGGGUUAGACCUUCUAGACUCGAUGUACUCCAGAUUUCCCGAGUUGGAAUCAUCCCAACUUGGGGAUCUUAAGGUGCUGUUGAGGUUUCUGAGAACUUUUUACAUGUGUGGAAAGAAAUGGGGGAAAGGCCACCGCUGUGAAUCUAUCUUGCUUCGCAUUGAAGAAACUAUUCGGGAACACGCUCAGAAAUUUCAGUCUCCCGAUCUCUUAUUGGAUCAUGUCCAGAAGUGGGUUUCUGAAUUCCUGAAUUACAUCCGGCAGUCGUUUCUUCCAGAGAUGGAGCAGCUCUACCGGAUUUUCUCACAAACGAGCCUUUCUUCUCCUCAUCAGGAAGUAGUAGUACAAAUGGUGGAUAUCAUUGAUUCUCUGUUUCAGAAUUUCCGAGAUCUUCUGCAAAACCGCGACUUCGGUACCGAUUCCACGGGUCCAAUUGAGGACCUUGAAGAAUAUGUAAGGUUCCUGAAGAACUUUAUCCUGUUCGCCACUUCUCGAGGAAUUGAGCCCAGAAAGAUGGAAGAUCAGUUGACUCACAUUCCAGGCUUCCUUCUCAAUGCUGCUCGCUUUACUCUCAUGUCUUUGUCUAAUGACGACUACCGGAAGAUGUGGCAUAAUGUGUACCAACUUACAGAAAUGAUUAAGCCUGUUGAACCUCAUGUUUGUGGGAUUUAUGUUGGAAUCCUGCAGGAAGCUUGGGCAAUGUCGGAGUCGUCAUCCCGCCAUCUCACUUUGGAAAGCCGCAGAAGUACUAAAGUGGAAGAAGACUUUGUUGAUUCCCUCCAGUUUCUUCUUUGGCAGCUACUAUUCUUCUUCAGUAGCAGUUACAGUGACGUCUUUAACCAUCAGUUGCAAAAGCUCUACGAGCAACUGACAUUCUUGAAAACCAUUCUGAGAGAGAACUUUUCUGAGGAAACACAAGUCCAUACUGGAGCUCUGAUUUGCGAGGUGGGAGCUUUAAUUUGUAACCUUUUUCCUAAAGAGAAUGAAGGCGGCUUGGUUGAGAAAUUUACAGAGCUUGAGGAGAAGUUUAAGCUCAUCAGGGCAGAACAAGGCUCACUGAAAUUCCAACCAAUCCCAGCAUCCAUUUUUCCUCGUACCAACGUUCUGGGGUUUAUUGAUUCCUUAACUGAAAAAAUAGCCUCGGUCAGUCCACAUAAAGCUGAUUCUUCAAUAGCCCCUUUGGCAAAGAAUACGCUUCAAACUCUCUAUGAUGAUCUUGUCCUUUUGAGAUCCUUUCUGCUUCAUCUUCUGGAACAGCACCACCAAAAUGGACAGCUCCAAGCUCUUCAGAGCCGCAUUACUGCCAUAGCCUAUGAGACCGAAUUUUUCCUUGAUUCUUUAGUGCACGGAGAUGCUCCCCAGAGAAGUGUUAUGCUGCUCAAUAGCAUCACAGAAGAAAUCAAAAUUAUUAUGGCUGAGGCAUCACUAAGUAUUCAUAACAGGAGGCCGGCAGCUGGAAUUACUAAAACGUCCAGUAGGACGAUGCCAUUGACAAAUAAAAUUCCAGUAUACAAUGCAUAUGAAUCUGUGGUGGGCAUGGAGGAUGAGGCCCGGCAUGUGAUUGCUCGACUUCUAAGAGGAACAAAAAUGUUGGACGUUGUUUCCAUUGUGGGUAUGGCUGGAUUGGGGAAAACAACUCUUGCGAAGAAAGUUUACCGUUAUAUUUCUAUCCGUUAUCACUUUCCUGUUCAUUCGUGGUGUUUGGUUUCUCAAGUAUACAACAGGAGAGCCUUGUUACUUCAGAUAUUGGGUGAUUUGGAUGAGUUGGAGGCUGGUAACAGGCAUUCUGAUAUGAAUGAGCAACAAUUGUCUUUAAAGCUCUACAGUUGCUUAAAGGGAAAAAGGUAUCUUAUUGUCUUGGAUGAUGUUUGGGAUAUUGCUGCAUGGAAUAGCUUGGGAGGUUCAUUCCCAAAUGAUGCUAAUGGAAGUAGAAUUCUAUUGACAAGCCGAUCUGAAUCUGUGGCUCUCCAAGUCAAAGCAGAUAGUGAACCUCACCGUCUUCGUUCACUCACGGAUGAUGAGAGCUGGGAACUUCUGCGGAUGAAUUUAGUUUUAGAAGAAGGCUGUCCUACAGAACAAAUAGAGCGGUUGAAGACAAUUGCGUCUUAUUGCAAGGGAUUGCCUCUGAUGAUUCUUGCUGUGGCUGGAACUCUUUCAAAUAUGAACUGGAAUACUUGGGAGGAGGUUGAAGAAAGUCUAAAGGUAGGAGGUUUCUCGUCGACUACACAAGGAUUGAUGGACACGUUGGAGUUAAGCUAUAAUCAUUUGCCAGAUUAUCUGAAGCCCUGCUUUCUUUACUUAGGAACAUUUAAGGAACACCAAGAGGUACAUGUUCGAGAAUUGAUUCGACUCUUGAUUGCCGAAGGAUUCGUAGAGACGGGUGAAAGAAAGAGCUUAGAGGAUACUGCAGAAUCCUACCUAUUGGAUUUAAUUGAUAGAAACUUAGUAAUGGUUGCUAAAAGAGGGUCCAGAAAUAGGGUAAAAUCUUGCAUUCUUCAUGACCUGUUAUACGACUUCUGUAAGGUAAAAUGCAAGGAAGAACAGUUUCUGCACAUCUCGCAUGGAGGAGAUAAGCUUGAUACUUCUUCCAUUGAGCCAAGCAUGUUAUAUCGGCUGUGUGUUGAGGGUGGGAGAGUGGAGGAGUUUGCAGAGUCAAGGCUGAUUUGUCCUCGUUUACGCAGUUUCCUUGUCGUGGCCGAUUUGGAAAGAAGGAACGAACGAGAUGGGUACAAUCUUUGGAGCAAAUUAGUCCAAUCCAGGCUCUUGCGAGUUUUAGACGUUAGAAGAAUCACGACGGGGCCCUUCUUCCCACGAGUGAUUGAAUCACUCGUUCACUUGAGGUACUUGGCCUUGUCGGUUGUCAUUGAAGGCACAAAACUAACCGUUCCCUCCACAAUCGGGACCCUCUCAUAUUUGAUGACUUUUGUUGUUCAGGCAAGUCGUCCACUUUGUAUUCUCCUGCCAGACACCGUGUGGAACAUGGAAAAACUAAGGCACCUGUGUGUAAUUGGUGCAUCUGCUCGUUGGGUGUUCCCAAAAGUUAAUCUUGAAGAUACCCCCAGUUUACACAAUUUGGAGACUCUUUCAAUGGUAGAAUUCUCUUGUGAUGGUACUAUAGAGAAGCUAAUGAAAAAGUUUCCCAAUAUUCGUAGACUUAAAUACAACCUGGUCAGGGCAGGAGCAUGUAUUGGGCAUUGCUGCCCGAUCCUAGCACCAGACUUUAUGAGUCAUCUUGAAUCACUCACCAUUCAUUCAUACCACAGAGGAUUUCAUGGCCUGCACUUUCAGUUCCCCAUGAAUCUAAAAAAGCUAGUUCUCAAAACUUUUCAGCUUCCAUGGAGUAAAAUUUCAGCAAUCGAUAGACUGCCAAAUCUUGAGGUUCUCAAGUUACUGGACAAUGCAUUCACAGGGGAAAUAUGGGCUGUGGACGAAGUGGCAUUCCCCAGACUCCGAUUUCUGAAGUUAGCAGACCUGGAUUUUGCUGUGUGGAGAAUAGACUCGGAAGAUAAUUUUCCGUGUCUGGAGGAACUGGUAUUGGAAGGAUGCCCGCACUUAGAGGAAGUCCCUUACUAUAUAGCCGAAUGUUCUCUUCAAAAGAUAGAGGUGUAUGACUGCGAAUCUGCAGUUGGUUCAAUAAGGCAACUUGAGGAAUUACAGAGGGAAAUUGGAAAUGAGGAUUUUGAAGUAUUGCUUCAUCCUUCACGAUUAAAGGACAUUUAACCUCAUGGUUGGACCGGUAAGAAUGGAUUCUCACGAUGUUGCUGUGGCGAUGGCGGUAUAUAUAUCUUUUAAAGGAGUUAACGUUCAAUUAAUGCCAAAUUGUGAACUGAAUGUCAGACAUGCAGAAAUGCACAUAUCUGAUGCCAAAUCAUUUUUACGCCAUUAAGGUAUAUUUACCAAAUAUAUUGUACGUAGUACUACGUGAACAUGCUAUCAGAAGAAAGAUUAUAAAGAACACAUACAGACUCUGUACAAGCUCUAAAAUCUUGCACAUGAUUACAUUAUGGAAAUUCUCGCUGAACCAAUGAAAAAACUUCCAUCCAUGCGACCUUCAGGUCCACAUUGCCCAUAUCCAUCUUUUGUUUUUGAAUUUGCGUGAUUGAACUAGACACAGAUUCACAAUGAUCAGAUACCUCAAUCAUUUGGCGCGUCACCUGUCCACCUUGCUAAUAAAUGGAGCCUUAAUGAGAAGACAUUUAAGUCUGCGAAUAUUCGCAAACCUUGUCACACUGUCCACUCCUUUGUUUGGCCAGAAGUCUUCCAUUCAUUCGAUUCCAGCAUUCUUGUCUGCGCAGAAUAUGUGAGAUUCUUGAAGAACCUUCUCCAUUUUUGUCGCGAUCUGGGGACUCGAGCCCAGCUGCCGCCCUCACAUUCAAGAUUUUGUUGCCCGUGCUGCUCGCCUCAUUUUCAAGUGUUGGUAUAAUGGCUAUCGUGAGAAGUGGUAUCAUGUUUACCAACUUACGAAGAGUAUCAAGCCUGUCGAAUCCCAGGUUCGUGAUACGUAUAUAUAUGUAUAUAUAUUGGAGUCCUAAAGCAAGCCUCAAAAUCUCCAUCUUCUUCCGGGGAGUUGUUAGAGGGAAGCCGUAGACUAAUGUUGGUGUGCUCUGUUGAUUCCCUCGUCUUUCUUCUUUCGCAGCUACUGUUGGGUUCAGAGCUACAACUGAAGUUACUGAUCCUUGGUGGCAGGUAUGUGGACGAAUGUGAACACCAGAUGCUGAAACUCUCUGAGCAACUGACGUUGUUGAGAACCAUUCUGAAAGAAGAGGACCCUUCUGAGGAUAUCCUGUUCGACUUUAUUGAAGUCGUGGUUUGUGAGGCAGGAACUCUAAUUUGCUCUCUUUUUGCCCGAGGAAAUCAAAUGCACAUGUUGAGGAAUUGGAGGCUCUUCUUUCGAAUUUAGAGAAGUUUUAAUUCCAAACUUGCGGUUGGGCCCGUUAUCUCAUAUAAUAAUGCGUUGGUGUUGUCCAAUUUUUGUGUCUCUUAAAUCCGAUUCCUGAUAACAGGAAAUAGAUUUAUUAUUCAUUUAGAUCAUCCUGUCAACCGAGAAAAUCUUGAAGCCAACUGACCUUCAGCUUAGGACAAUGAUAUCGAAUCUAGUUUAUCACUCUAUCUUUUGCAUCACUAAAACCUUGAAACUGGUUUAUCAAAGAUUUAAUUUAUAACACCUCACUAAAUCUCUUUCGCACCAAAUAAACCUUGAAACUGGUUUAUCAAUGCUUCAUAUAUUUCCUAUUCUCCCCAUCCAAAUGACAUACUCCAUCCGUCCCAUAAUUAUUGUCCAGUUUGAGUUUCUAUUUCUAAUUCAAAUUGCACUAAAAGUAAAAUCUCAAAUUGGACAAUAAUUUUAGGACAAAGGGAGUAUUAAUCAACGAUUUUUACCUUGA